GGAGAAACCAUCUACCAUAUAGAGGGGUGCUAUGGAAUGGGAGAUAGGUCCACCGGGUGAGACCACCUUCCAUAUGAGGGGUGCUAUGGAUUCGUUUCUGCGGAGCUGCCUCGGUUGGGGGGGUGCAGCCUGUGAUUGGCUGAGGUGGAAGCUCCCCUCUACGUCUCUCUCUAUAGCCCCCCUCCCCUCCACGGUCGCUGUCCAGUCGCCUGGGUGCUGAAUAGCCCCCUGCACCCAGCCUCCCCUACAUCCCGGACCUCCCUCAAGGAUCUGUACGGGGCAGGGGGCGUAGCAGAGCCAGGAUGAGUGGGGGUGUCUAUGGAGGAGAUGAGGUUGGAGCUCUUGUUUUUGACAUCGGCUCAUUUUCAGUGCGAGAGUGUGGUAUGUGGCUUGAGCAAUGUGACUAUUUGGCUGAUUUCCCCACCACAGUGGGACUUUUGGCCCCGGAAGAGGCGGCGCUGGAGCUGGAUGGGGAGAAGGAGAAGAAGCCAGGGAAGGUUUAUUACAUCGAUACCAACUCGCUGCAUGUCCCGCGGGAGAACACAGAAGUCCUGUCGCCCCUCAAGAAUGGCAUGAUUGAAGACUGGGACUGCUUCCAGGCCAUCCUGGACCACACCUAUGGCAAACACGUGAAGUCAGAGCCAAGCCUGCACCCCGUCCUCAUGUCUGAGGCACCGUGGAACACUCGGGCCAAGCGGGAGAAGCUGACAGAGCUGAUGUUCGAGCACUACAGCAUCCCAGCUUUCUUCCUCUGCAAGACUGCUGUGCUCACCGCCUUUGCCAACGGGCGCAGCACAGGGCUUGUGCUGGACAGUGGGGCCACACACACCACGGCCAUCCCUGUGCAUGACGGCUACAUCCUGCAGCAAGGCAUCGUGAAGUCACCGCUGGCCGGGGAUUUCAUCUCCAUGCAGUGCCGGGAGCUCUUCCAGGAGAUGAACAUCGAGAUUGUUCCCCCCUUCUUCCUCCCUCCUCAGGACCCCGUGCGUGAAGGGGCACCCCCGAACUGGAAGAAGAAGGAGAAGCUGCCCCAGGUCUCCAAGUCAUGGCACAACUACACCUGCAAUGAGGUGAUCCAGGAUUUCCAGGCCUCUGUGCUGCAGGUCUCCGACUCGCCAUACGAUGAGCAGGUGGCUGCCCAAAUGCCCACGGUCCACUACGAGAUGCCCAAUGGGUACAACACAGACUAUGGGGCCGAGCGGCUGCGCAUCCCUGAGGGGCUAUUUGAUCCCUCCAAUGUCAAGGGUCUCUCUGGAAACACCAUGCUGGGUGUCGGGCACGUGGUCACCACCAGCAUCGGCAUGUGCGAUAUCGACAUCAGACCGGGUCUCUAUGGCAGCGUCAUUGUGACUGGGGGCAACACACUGCUGCAGGGGUUCACCGACCGGCUGAACAGAGAGCUAUCGCAGAAAACCCCACCUAGCAUGCGCCUCAAACUCAUUGCCAGCAACAGCACCAUGGAGCGGAGAUUCAGCCCCUGGAUUGGGGGGUCCAUCCUUGCCUCCCUGGGCACCUUCCAGCAGAUGUGGAUCUCCAAGCAAGAGUACGAGGAGGGCGGGAAGCAAUGUGUGGAGCGGAAAUGCCCCUGAGGCACACGGCAUCUUCUGGUGGUCUGACUGGGGACCAAUGGGCUUCUGCCCCCGGCAUCUCCUCCCCGCCCCUCUCCUUCCACGCCUCCUGUCGUGUCUUUAACCAUCAUGUUCACAACAUAUUUGCCUGGCAGGGAGGGAUGAGCUGGGGGAGGGUCACAUGGGAGACAGUCUCCCCCACUUGCGCACCAAUUCUUAUCCUUUCAUCAUUGCCCUCUCCCCUCCCAGGGCCCCUCGGCCACUAUCUCCCAGAGCCGGGGAGAGAACCCAGGAGUCCUGGCUCCCAGUUCCCCAUUUCUAAUGCUGUUGGGGACAUCAGCUAAAGCAAAGCACAGAUAGGGAGCUGGGGUGGGAGCCCCAUAAUUUAGUGGGUAUUGUUUGAGGAAGUGCAGUUGAGUUCAGACCUUAGGGUGCCCUGUGGGAGGCGGCGUCCCCUGCAGUUCAGAGGGAGACAGGCACAUGCCCAAUUCUCUCCUUGCUCCCUCCCAGUCAUGACCCCCCAUCAGCUGUGCCAUUUCCCCAUGCCCUGGGCUUUCCCCAUUUCUCUGCCUGUGCCCCCUAUCAGCUCAUUACGUGGUUAAUUAAUUGAUUUGUUUCAUUUUCAUGGGUGUGAAUGUGGAGUCUAGAGAAUGCUCCACAAUAAACAUCCAAAAAGGAUAAAACCGGAAAGUGGUGUCUUCAUAAUGCCUCCCGCCUGCCAAAGGGACCCAGGAGACCUGGCUCCCAGCCCCCUGCUCUAACC